AUCAGGAAGUGUCCUGCAUCAUUGGAAUGAAAUAUAUCAUUUUGUGGAACAUUUGGCCCGCAAGUUCAUAAGCCCUCAACUGAGGAUGUCCUUCAUUGUUUUUUCAACCAGAGGGACAAUUCUAAUGAGAUUAACAGAAGACAGGGAGCAGAUACGCCAGGGUCUAGAAGAGCUGCAGAAAGUCCUUCCAGGAGGUGACACAUACAUGCACGAAGGAUUUGAAAGGGCAAGUGAACAGAUUUACUAUGAAAAUGUUCACGGUUACAGAACUGCAAGUGUCAUCAUUGCAUUGACAGAUGGAGAACUCCAUGAAGACCUGUUUUUCUACUCUGAGAGGGAGGCUAAUCGGUCACGUGACCUGGGAGCAACAGUCUAUUGUGUUGGUGUGAAAGACUUCAAUGAGACCCAGCUGGCUAGAAUUGCCGACAGCAAAGAUCAUGUCUUUCCAGUGAAUGAUGGUUUUGAAGCCCUUCAGGGGAUCAUAGACUCUAUUUUGAAGAAAUCCUGUAUAGAAAUUCUGGCAGCAGAGCCUUCCAGUAUAUGUGCAGGGGAGUCGUUUCAGGUUGUCGUGAGAGGAAAUGGAUUUCGACAUGCCCGUAAUGUUGACAGAGUGCUCUGCAGUUUCAGGAUCAAUGACACGGUUACUCUCAAUGAGAAGCCUUUUGUAGUGGAAGAUACCUACUUACUCUGCCCAGCACCUGUGUUACGAGAAGUUGGCAUGGAAGCAGCUCUUCAAGUCAGUAUGAACGAUGGUCUGAGCUUCAUCUCUAGCUCCGUCAUCAUCUCCAGCACACACUGU